CCUACUUCACGAAGAAUCUGUGGCCAAACGUUCCGUCGCUCGUACGAUUUGUCAAGACAUCAAUCAAUCCAUAUGAAGAACAGACCGUUUUGCUACUGCAAUCAGUGUGGCAAAAAGUUCACACGGAUGGAUGCAUUGCGUCGCCAUGAA